AUGUUCACUGGAGAAUUAGCGGAAUCUCGACAAACGGAGGUAACUCUCUACGAUCUAGAUGGCGAUGCUGUAGAAACUCUCAUAGAUUUCUGUUACACUAGCCAAAUAACAGUAGAAGAAUGUAAUGUUCAAAAUCUGCUUCCAGCUGCCUGUCUCUUGCAACUUACAGAAAUCCAAGAUGUUUGCUGUGAAUUCUUAAAGCGCCAGUUGGAUCCAUCUAAUUGUCUUGGAAUUCGAGCAUUUGCAGACACACAUGCCUGCAGAGGAUUAUUGCGUGUAGCUGAUCGGUUUACACAUCUAAACUUUCUUGAAGUUGUAGAAUCUGAAGAAUUUCUUCUAUUGCCUGUUAGUCAUCUUGUAGAUAUUUUAAGUUCCGAUGAUUUAAACAUUAAUUCAGAAGAACAAGUUUAUUAUUCUGUAAUGCGUUGGAUGCAUCAUAAUUUAUCUGAUCGUCGUCCCUAUUUAUCUUAUUUACUAGAACAUGUACGAUUACCUCUUCUUAGUCCGAAAUUUUUAGUUGGUACCGUUAGUACAGAUUUAUUAGUACGCUCAGAUGAACGUUGUCGUGAUUUAGUUGAUGAAGCUAAAGAUUAUUUAUUAUUACCUCAAGAACGUCCACUAAUGCAAGGUCCACGUACUAAACCUAGAAAAAUUUUACAAGGAGGUGAAUUAUUAUUUGCAAUUGGUGGAUGGUGUUCAGGAGAUGCGAUCGCUUCAGCUGAACAUUAUGAUCCACGUACACAUAAAUGGCAUCUUGUAGCUCCAAUGCAUAAAAGACGUUGUGGCGUAGGUGUUGGAGUUGUCUAUGAUCUUCUUUAUGCUGUUGGAGGACAUGAUGGACAUAGUUAUUUGAAUUCUGUUGAAAGAUACGAUCCACAUACAAAUCAAUGGUCAUCAGAUAUUGCUUCAACUAGUACGUGUCGUACAAGUGUUGGUGUAGCUGUAUUAAAUGGUUCUAUGUAUGCUGUUGGAGGACAAGAUGGUGUGUCUUGUUUGAAUUUUGUUGAAUGCUAUGAUCCAAAUGUAAAUAAAUGGCUCAAGGUGUCCAGUAUGAUUACUCGUCGUUUAGGUGUCGGUGUUGCAGUUUUGAAUGGUCAGUUGUAUGCUGUUGGUGGUUCAGAUGGUCAACAACCUUUAUCCUCUGUGGAACAUUUUGAUCCUCGUGUUGGUACAUGGCACCAAAUAUCCUGUAUGGGAACUAAACGUAAACACUUAGGUGUGGCUGUCUAUAAUGGUUUGAUAUACGCUGUGGGUGGAAGAGAUGAGGUUACAGAAUUAUCGUCUGUAGAAUGCUUAGAUCUACGUAGUCGUACUUGGACUCCUGUUGUAGCGAUGACAUCACGACGUAGUGGAGUUGGAUUAGCUGUAGUUAAUAAUCAGUUAAUUGCAAUCGGUGGAUUCGAUGGUGCUACUUAUUUAAAAUCUGUAGAACUCUAUGAUCCAGAUGCAAAUUGUUGGUCUGUACGAGGUAGUAUGAAUUCUAGACGUUUAGGUGGUGGAGUUGGUGUUGUACGUCUAGUUAAUCCACAUUUUAAUUUGAAUAAUACAUCAUUUAUUAGUAAUUGUAGUACUACAAAUCGUGGUGUUGGUCAUAUGAAUAAUAAUACUAUUGGUACAAGUUGUAAUAACAGUAUAAUUAAUGAUGAUUCACUUGGAUUAUCUAUGACUGAUUCAAUAUUUCCACCUGGUUUACCUAUUUCUACAACGAAUCAAUAUUUCCAUAAUAUUAACAACAAUAAUAAUAGUAGUAGUAGCAAUAAUAGUACUGGCAGUAAUAGUAUUUCUCAAUCAAUAAUAAGAAAUUUACCAAAUUCAACACUUAUUUCUUCUGUAUCGAGUACUAGUGGUUCAACAAUCACAGCUACAACGUCAUCAGUAGCCAAUUCUGGUCAAAUAAACAUUUCAAGUACCAGAUCAAGUAGUACUUUUUUAUUUUAG